UCCAAGGCAACUUUACAAUGCUUGGAUGGAGCUUACGAGGUGGACCUGGUCAUGGAGAUACAAGAGACAGUUAUUUGAAAGAACACGAAGUGGAGACGUUUUUGAUAAGUCAAAAAGAGCCGUCGAAACCGAGGAGGCGCCUUCAGCACAAGACGUCGCGUCCACGGCUCUGGUCAGAAGAAGAGCAUCGGUCAAAUUUAAUCAACGAUCACACCAACUCGCCUCCGCUCAACAACAUUGCAGGGAGAACAAAGCAUACGGAUAGCAACGGGAAUCACGGUAAUCACACACUUGGCUUCAUUGACGAAUGGACGCCUGAGAUACCGUUUGAAAAUAUAUCAAGCGGCCAAGACAUGGAAGCGAGUGAUGUGCCAAAUGCUGACCAGGCACAAAUCAGCAGUGGACAGAAUCCACCAAUGAGCACCUCGGAAGAGGUUGACGUCAUCAUGGACCAUAGCAUCGAAGUGGACAGCAAUCAGCGCAUGCGCAAAGAUAACAUCAACCCCUGGACUCUUAGGUUCAAGCAGGGUGACAUCGAAGAUAAAUUCUGUAUGCUACGCGAAGACAUGUUCAAAUCCAACAUGCUCUGCUGUUUCAUCAUAUGGAUUUUCAUUGUUGGAAUUCAAUCUGUGAUAUUGCCAAGGUCAAUCCUAGUAGGGGCCUCCCUUCUGGGUACCACCCUAGUUCUGAGCUCAGCUCUAGUCCUGGUGAUGGCCGAGGAAUUCCAUCAGCUUCCAGAUCCUCUGCAGAAGAUAUCCAGCAUCCUCGUCCAGAAUCGACUGAGGAGAACUGGCUUCAUCUGCGUCUUCAUUACACUCAUGUGUAUAUCGGCUACGCUCACUCUCGUAAGUUUUCCAAUAGAAAAUACA